CAGCGAGCGGCUCCGGAAAGAGCCGAAGGUUGCCGAGCGCCGGUGGGCCGAGCGGCUCCGGAGCGGCCCGAAGGCGCCCGAGCGUCCGUCCUGCCGGACUGCUGGAGGCGGCCGCAGCGCCAUGUUUGAUGCUCCGCUACUUCAGUGAGGAAAAUCCGCCGGCAUCGCCCGAGAGCCGCCACCGCGAAGGGCUCCGCUGCCCCCGGGGAGGGGGACCGAGACCCCCCGCCGCCGGCGGCUCAUGAGCAGCGCGGCCUGAGCCGUCUCCCCCCCUCCCCUCCCCGCCGGCCCCUCUCCCGUCCCCUCCCCGCGCCGAGCCCUCCGGGAGGCGCGUUGUCACGGAGACCGGCGCCGGUGCCGGCCCGCCGCGCUGCCCCGGCCGCCGCACCGGCCCCCGGCCCGCUCCCCGGCUCCCCCCCGGCCCCGGCCCCGCUCCCCGCCGGGGGGUGGUGGCUCCGCUUGGCGAUGAGUUUACCGCAGAAGGCGGCUUUGAAACCCGGCGCGGCGGCGGCGGCGGGGACCGGCCCCGGGAGCGGGGCGGCGGCGGCAGCGGCGGCGGGGCCGCCUCCCCCCCCGGCUCCCCCUCACCCGGCGGCGGCGCCGGCGCCUCACCCCAACAUCAGGGCCUUGCCGCCCCAGCCGCCCCAGCAAAUCCCCCGAGGACCUGUUCAGCAGCCCCUCGAGGAUCGGAUCUUCACUCCGACCGUCUCCGCUGUGUACAGCACUUUUAUCUCCACACAGGUAACACAAGUAGCAAGACAACCUGGUCCUCCCGCCCCAUCCCCUUACACUGCACAUGAAAUAAAUAAGGGACACCCAAAUCUUGCUGCAACGCCACCGGGACAUGCGUCGUCCCCUGGGCUUUCACAGGCUCCUUACCCCUCAGGACAGAAUGCAGCUCCAACCACGUUGGUGUACCCUCAAGCCCCUCAAACAAUGAACACGCAGCCUCAGACCCGCUCGCCGCCCAGCAGAACAGUGCCAAUACAUUGCACAGACAACUGGAAGAGGAGGAAGGUUUUGGAACAGAGUCCGGUUUACAGGUCCCUGGCUGGAAGAGGCUGGAUAAAAUACUGCAUUUUUGCAGCGGGGCCUCGACCUGCCCAUCACCAGGGAGGAUUCAGACCUAUACAGUUUUUUCAGAGGCCGCAGAUACAGCCUCCGAGAGCUACGAUCCAGAACAGCAGCCCUUCCAUCCGUCCUGGUGCGCAAACGCCGACUGCGGUGUAUCAAACCAACCAACACAUCAUGAUGGUUAAUCAUCUGCCAAUGCCCUACCCAAUGCCUCAGGGCCCCCAGUACUGUAUACCACAGUAUCGUCACAGUGGCCCUCCGUAUGUCGGGCCCCCGCAGCAGUAUCCCGUUCAGCCGCCAGGACCAGGACCCUUUUAUCCAGGACCAGGUCCAGGAGAAUUCCCCAAUGCCUAUGGAACACCUUUCUACCCCAGUCAGCCGGUGUAUCAGUCAGCACCCAUCAUAGUGCCUACGCAGCAGCAGCAGCCUCCACCAGCUAAGAGAGAGAAAAAAACGAUCCGAAUCCGGGAUCCAAACCAGGGAGGCAAAGAUAUAACAGAAGAAAUAAUGUCUGGAGGGGGCAGCAGGAACCCAACGCCUCCCAUCGUGAGACCCACUUCCACACCUACUCCCCCUCAGCAGCCCUCCAGCCAGGUCCCCGAGCACAGCCCUGCGGUCUAUGGGACUGUGGAGAACACCCAUCUCGCCGCCAGCACCCCUGUCACUGCGACUAGCAACCCGAAGCAAGAAGAGAAGCCAAAACCAGAGCCAGUAUUAAAACCACCCUCUCCAGUCCUCAGACCAGAACCUACUGGAGAGAAAAAAGAUCAAGCUGGCCAGACGACCGAGGCCACCUCGGUGGAAACCCCACCAGAACUUCCUCUUGCUCCAUCACCAACCCCGGCUGCUCCCGUCGCAGUUGUUUCUGCUGCUGCUGUUGUCGCCAUUUCUAGUAAAUCCACGUUCGCAGCUGACUCGGAGGAGAAAUGUGAACUGGCUUCCCCAAAAGAGGAGGCAACGCCUAUAUCUAAUGCCGCGACCUGCACGGACACAUCGGACCCUUCACCAGCGGAAGAGGCUGAUGCAGAGUUGUGCAAGGAGCCUAGUAGUGUAGCAUCUAGUGAUAUUCCAGUGACUGCUAGUACUAAUCUAAUUAAUGAAAUGAACGGAGUUAGUGAAAAAGUAACUGCCGCAGAGAGCAUCGUAGAUGUAGCCCAGGCGGAAGUUGCGCCGUUGACUGUUGAGUUGGAGACACCAGAAGCACCUCCAGCAGAAGUGGAAAGCGUGCCAUCUUCCAGUGCUCUUCACGCUGCUCCCUCUCCUCCUCCCACCCCACCUCCCACCCCACCACCUCCUUCUCCUCCAAUUUCCGUUGCUGCUGCUGCUGCUGUUCCCACUACAACUCCUUCUCCACCUCCUCUUCCGUCUCUUAGUACCCUCUCUGUUGUUCAGGGAGAUUUAGAAGGAGAGGAGAGCACGAGAACUAUUCUUAACGAAGAGGUAAAAGAUACUGAAAAGAAGGAAGAGACGGAAGCAGAUGGGCAACUGGAGGAGAGCACAGAGGCUCAGAGUUUAAACUUGAGCAAGAACCCUGUCCCAGCCCAAACAGCUGUAACUGCACCAAAGACGUGGAAGAAACCAAAAGACCGGACCCAAGCCACUGAGGAGGUGACAGAGGCGGAAACAGAGCCUAAAGUAGAAGAGGAACUUUCAGGUGAUCAAGUACUUGAAUCUGAACAGGAGAAAAUGAGCCAUGGGUUUCAACUGGAGAGAGACCCCUCUGAGCUUAAAAAAGCAAAACCUGUGGAAGAAAACGGAGAGCAGGAGGCAGAACCUGUCCGGAAUGGCGCCGAGAGCGUUUCAGAGGGGGAAGGCACCGAUGCAAACUCAGGCUUCACAGAGAGCUCCAGCGAAGGGCCAGUGUACCAGUAUAAACCAGAGCAGUGGAAGCCCCUGGACCCCGAGGGGAAGAAGCAGUACGACCGGGAGUUCUUACUGGAUUUCCAGUUCAUGCCUGUCUGUAUCCAAAAGCCGGAGGGGCUGCCUCCCAUAAGCGAUGUGGUUCUCGACAAGGUGAGAGGAGAGCCGAUAAAACAGGUCAAUCAGCCGAAAUUGCCACUGAGAACUCUGGACCCUCGGAUACUGCCUCGAGGACCAGACUUCACGCCAGCCUUUGCUGAUUUUGGGAGGCAAACCUCUGGGGGAAGAAACGUUUCUGGAAGUGCCUGCAAAGUGCAGAGCAACCCUGGAUUGCCCUCCCUGGCUCGGUGCGGUUCCCCAGCAUGCCCUCUCUUGGUCUCGCCUCACCCACCAUUGAGGAACCUGCCGAUAGGGUUGUUGAAUGUUGGACCGAGGAGAUCUCAGCCAGGCCAGAGGAGAGAGCCCAGGAAGAUCAUCACUGUGUGUGUGAAGGAGGAUGUCCACCUGAAGAAGGCAGAGAACGCCUGGAAGCCGAGCCUGAAGAGAGAAAACCAAACUGAGGACCCAGAAAAUGUCAAAACCCAGGAGCUGUUCCGCAAGGUACGAAGCAUCUUGAACAAGCUGACGCCCCAGAUGUUCAAUCAGCUCAUGAAGCAAGUGACAGACCUGACGGUAGAUACAGAAGAGAGGCUGAAGGGAGUCAUUGACCUGGUCUUCGAGAAGGCUAUCGAUGAACCGAGCUUCUCGGUGGCAUAUGCCAACAUGUGCAGGUGUCUUGUAACGCUGAAAGUGCCCAUGGCAGACAAACCUGGGAGCACAGUAAAUUUCCGCAAGUUGCUAUUAAAUCGCUGCCAGAAGGAAUUUGAAAAGGACAAGGCUGACGAUGACGUCUUUGAAAAGAAGCAGAAAGAACUUGAAGCUGCUACCACUCCAGAGGAGAAGACGCGGCUCCACGACGAGCUGGAAGAGGCCAAGGACAAAGCCCGAAGGAGAUCCAUUGGCAAUAUAAAGUUCAUUGGCGAGCUUUUCAAACUAAAAAUGCUGACGGAGGCUAUCAUGCAUGACUGCGUGGUAAAGCUGCUGAAAAACCAUGACGAGGAGUCCCUCGAGUGCCUUUGCCGCCUGCUAACGACCAUUGGCAAGGACCUGGACUUUGAGAAAGCAAAGCCUCGCAUGGACCAGUAUUUUAAUCAGAUGGAGAAGAUUGUGAAAGAGAGGAAAACAUCUUCAAGGAUUCGGUUCAUGCUUCAGGAUGUAAUAGACCUCAGACUGUGCAACUGGGUGUCACGGAGGGCGGACCAGGGCCCGAAGACCAUCGAGCAGAUUCAUAAAGAAGCCAAGAUUGAAGAGCAAGAAGAACAGAGGAAAGUUCAACAACUCAUGACCAAAGAGAAGAGGAGACCGGGUGUCCAGCGGGUCGAUGAAGGCGGUUGGAACACUGUGCAGGGGGCAAAGAACAGCAGAGUGCUGGACCCCACCAAGUUCCUUAAAAUCACCAAGCCCACAAUAGAUGAGAAGAUUCAGCUUGUGCCUAAAGCCCAGUUGGGCAGCUGGGGAAAGGGCAGCAGCGGUGGAGCAAAGGCAAGCGAGAUGGACUCCUUACGACCAAGUGCCACUAGUUUGAACAGAUUUUCUGCACUGCAGCCUCCAGUCUCAUCUGUAUCUGCCUCAUCCACAUCCUCAGAAUUAGAUUCUCGCAGGGCCUUAACUAGUCGCGGGAGCAUGGGCAGGGAGAAGAACGACAAACCUCUCCCACCUUCCCUCUCCCGUCCCAACACCUUCCUACGGGGCAGCAGCAGUAAAGAGCUGCUGCUCGACAAUCAGGCACAAGAGGAGCAACGGAGAGAGAUGCUGGAGACGGUGAAGCAGUUAACAGGCGGCAUGGAGAUGGACAGAAACAGCACAGAGGCAGAGAGGAACAAAGCCAAGGAAUCUGCCAAGCCGGAAGCUCCCCCAGCUCCAGCGCAAGAAAAGCCUUCGCUAUCAGAAGAGGAAAUAGAGAGAAAAUGCAAAUCUAUCAUUGAUGAGUUCUUGCACAUUAACGAUUUUAAGGAAGCAAUGCAGUGCGUGGAGGAGCUGAGCGCCCAGAACCUGCUGCCUGUUUUCGUGCGAGUGGGAGUGGAGUCGACGCUCGAGAGGAGUCACAUCACCAGGGAUCACAUGGGCCAGUUAUUACAUCAGUUGGUGCAGUCGGGAAAGCUGAGCAAGCAGGAUUUCUUCAAGGGUUUUUCAGAUACCUUGGAGAUGGCGGACGAUAUGGCCAUAGAUAUACCCCAUAUUUGGUUGUACCUAGCUGAGUUGGUGACCCCCAUGUUAAAAGAAGGAGGAAUCUCUAUGAGAGAACUUAUACAAGAAUUUAGCAAACCUUUACUUCCUGUGGGAAGAGCCGGCGUCUUGCUUGCUGAAAUCUUGCACCUUCUAUGCAAACAAAUGAGCCAUAAGAAAGUGGGAGCCUUAUGGAGGGAGACUGGCCUCAGUUGGAAGGACUACUUACCCGAAGGGGAGGAUGUACAUACCUUUCUCAUGGAACAAAAGUUGGACUUCACGGAGUCCGACUGUUCCAGUUCCUCAGAAGCACUUUCAGAGAAAGAACUCUCUGCGGAAGAGCUGAACAAGCAGCUAGAAAAACUCAUUGUUGAGGACAAGGCGAAUGAUGAACAAAUCUUUGACUGGGUAGAGGCUAAUCUAGAUGAAAGCCAGAUGAGUUCACCUACAUUCCUUAGAGCUUUAAUGACAGCAGUUUGUAAAGCAGCUAUUAUAGCGGACUCUUCUAGCUUCCGUGUGGACACUGCUGUUAUCAAACAGAGAGUGCCGAUCUUACUCAAGUACCUAGACUCAGACACAGAGAAGGAACUACAAGCACUUUAUGCACUACAAGCAUCAAUAGUAAAACUUGAUCAGCCUCCUAAUUUGUUGCGGAUGUUUUUUGAUUGCCUGUAUGAUGAGGAGGUAAUAUCAGAGGAUGCCUUCUACAAGUGGGAAAGCAGCAAGGACCCGGCGGAGCAGAACGGGAAGGGAGUAGCGCUAAAAUCUGUCACAGCGUUCUUCACGUGGCUACGGGAGGCCGAAGAGGAGUCGGAGGAUAAUUAAAACUUAAAAUACAGAGAAAGAAAAAACAAAAACAAAAACAAUUUAAGUAUUUUUUUAAAAAGUUUCACGUCUUCGCCAAUCACAGUGCAGCAAGGCCAAUUCUCGCGCAGACCCCCCCCUUCCCCCACACAUGCACGAGUGGGAGAGGUAAACCUAGAUAAACACAAAGGUGAUCAUGGAGGAAAAAAGGUACUUGGAAAAAAAAAAGUAAACUUCAUACCUGAGGGCGGGAGCACUAAACCAAAAUACAUGUAUUAUUUAUAGAAAAUAUUUUCUGUUUUAAUCUUUUUUUUUUCUGUUCUUUUUAAACAAGGACUCACAGAAACACAAAGCGAAACAAAUCUGUUUAGCGCAAAAAAAAAAAGUUGAAAACUUUUAAUUUAUUAUUUUAAGGACUGCAAAUGCCAGUGUAAUUUUUAAAUUUGCAGUUUCUGUAAACAAAUUGUAUAAUAGAACAAAAGCAGAGAAAUAAAUUUCCCUCCCCUUCAUAUGCACCUCAGUUUUGUUUCAAAGCAUGAUAAAUAGACAAAACUUUCAAGGGGGUUGGGGUAAGCUAGAUGAGGAAGAGUUCAAUUUUUUUUUUUUUUAAUUGUCAUCAGAAUUUUUCUGCCUGCCUCUCAGCUUGCUUCAGAAAUUUAUAAAGAAAAUAGUAAUCAAAACGUACAUAACCUUGGAACGGAAGGAAAUGCAUUUGAGAAAACCGCUGCGGACCAGAGUGCUCCGAAAAUAACUCAUUCAAAACAGUGCUACCCUGGGGAAAAAAGUACUAGUGAUACUUUCAGAACCUUUAGAGCAACUUUAAGGCUUGUAAAUACAUAGAACAAAUAUUUAAAAAAAGAAAAAAAGAAAUUGACUCAAUACUAUUUCUUUUCACUUUCAAAAUAUAAAGAACAAAAUAAAGACAAACAUUGCAAGUUUAAAAGAAAGUAAAACGACUUCUCCUUUGACAGCUGCUGAAUGUGUGCACCAUCUCUGAGCGGUGCUGGCUUCCUUUUCAUUGUGUAGAUUCUCGGUUCCAAAUUGUGUACAUAUAGUGUGUGUAUGUAUGUGUGUCUACCAAAAAAGAGGGGUGAGAGCAAUUGUUGUUUUAAGAAAAAAAAAAAAGGGGGGGGGGGUUGCUGCUUGGGAGACCUUUUCUGUAGAGAGAACUUAAUGGCCGAUGAGCAGCUGGCUGGGUUGCUGUACCGUGUAGGUGCGUUUGGUUCCCAGCACGUUGUUGGGAGACUACCUCGGGAGCGGUCAGUGCCCGAUCCCAGCUCAGUUUUUCUGGCCGCAGUGUCUCUCGUGUGACUUGGAUCAGUGGCGUCAUCCUGGGGACUUGGGACCCUGGUAGCUGCAGAGGUUGCAGCUGCUCGAGCAGAGAACCAACAGCCCUUCGCUGUGGCUUGCGCGUCCGUUGCUGUCGCCGCCGCCCUUCGCAUCUGCUGGUCGCCUUGCUGUGCCUAAGGAACCCAAAGACCCAUAACAGGUGAAAACAAGCGCCCUAUGCCAGUCAAGAGGUGGAACAAGCGCUGCAGUGCUCUUCCUGGCUCUGCCCACCCCAUGACGGUGUCUGAAGUCUGCAGCCCGGGUACAGAUUAACAGCGGUCACUUCACAGUGCGGUGGGAGCGCGUGGACCUCAGGCGCGCCCCGAUGCCACGCAGUCCUCCAAACUGAGCUGCUGCUGAGUACAUUAAGUCUCUUGUGUGUCUCUCUCCGACAACCAAAGAUGACCUGCUAGCUCUCACUGUGAAGAAGCAUCUACCAUAAUACAGUCUGCAAAGUUUGUGAAGCCCGAAAAUGUAGUUUGUGAACUGUGGUCCGUGGACCGCGAUUAACCUGUGGAGCAUUUGCUGGUGGUCUGUGCAGCACUAGCUGCUCACAUGAUGCUGUCUUUUUCUUUCCAGCUGCUAAAUCACUUCUUAAAAAAAAAAAAAAAAAAAAAAGCCAAAAACAGGGGGAAAAAAAAAAGGCUACGAAUACAUUAAAUACUUUCCUAAUCUUACUUUUACAUGUAAACAAUUGCUGUACUUGCAUAAGGAUGUUAUUUGAUCACCAGAGGGAAGGGAGGAGGGUGCCUGGUUGUGGCUGGAGGGGAGAUGUCUGUGAGACGCUUUCCCUGUUAACAUGUGUUCCAUGCCAUGAAUCUGAGCUAGAGAAUCCGUGGCCUAAAACACUAGAGCAUUGUUUGGGGUUGGUUUUUUUUUUUUUUAGUAACAAUAAAACACUUUUCUCUGAUGUUUUGUUAAAAAAAAAAAAAGGAAAAAAUAUUCUCACCCUUAAUAUAUGCAUAUGUAUGUAUCUGUGUGUAUGACAUCCAGCAACUCUUCAUCCUCAGCUGCUUCCCCUCCCGGCCUUGCAGUUGGGCCCAGCAGUUUGGCCACAGGUGCUGCUGUCAAGAUCUCUGAAAGGCUCGUCCGCAUGGAAACCCCCACGCAGCAGGUCUCCAGGUGUCUGUUAAAUCUCUGCAGAAGGUCCUGUGGGGGCAAAGUCAUUUUUGAGCCAGAACAUGAGUGGGUACGUUGAUGGUUUGUAGCAGCUAAAUAG